UUUGGGCAGCAUCGUGGUUUCAAUCCUGAGCAAAUGUACGCGAUUUUGGGACGUGUUCAGAGUGAUUGGGCGGAAAAGGUUCCCGAAACCUUCUCUCAGUACGAUUUGGAAGCUCUACGGCAAAUUCUCUGUGUGAUGAAUCAAUCGGAAAUUGAGAGAAUACAUGCAGAUGCCUACAAAGGUGCCGCACAGGUGAUUGGAGGUCUGCAAGAUUGUACACCGGAAGUCAUUCAGGGCUUUGCAAAGUUAGCAAUUCAGGAGAAUGCUUUUGGUCCACCAGAUAGUUGGACAAAGCUCGAUGUAGUCACCAUUGGUGCAGUAGUCUCCGGUUUACCACCAAAUCUCUACAACAGUAUCCCAUCGGGAAAUCUUGCAAAGAAAACAGACAAAGAUAAAGAUCCGAAUGCACCCAAGACGGAAAUGGAGAUUAAAAUAGACGGUAUGUCUGAUUCAAUGUAA